AAUACAAUGGCGGGGGAUAUGUGAAUGUCAGUGAGCCGUGGGUAAAAGUUGUCGUUUCUAUUUAAGUAAGAGGAGGGCCACAAAGGAAAGCAGGUAGAAGUUAAUUUUUCCACUGAUAUCUUCCUUUUAAUUAGAAAUCGCUGCAGCUCACAUUGCCAUAUGAACCCUGUGCUCCUGUUUGUGGUUCUAAGGGUCACUCACUGCAGACCGCGGUAGGUGUCUGGGCGGCCGUGCAGACUCUAAACUCGUGCAAAGUGUGUCUGGUGGCAGGUUCUGUCCGGGGAACCUCUUUCUCCGAGCAUGAUUUCUGCGUCUUUACUUCGAGCUAUUCAGUACACAGAGAAGCUACACAGCUCCCCUGGAAAGCGACUGCUUUUGCUCCAGCUGGUCCCCUUCAACAAAGCCUGUAUUAAGACGUGGCCAUGUUUGAGGUGGGGGCUCCUGGAGCAAAGGGAAGUUGUACUGCAACCUAGACGCAUCCUUAGGGUCACUCAGAAAGGCAUCUGGACUCAGGGAAACAAGGCCCUGAGAGCAGAAGAGGACGGCAGCAAACAAGUGUCUGUGCAGAAAAGUCAGAGGGAAGGACCUGCUCUUUCAACUUCACAGAGAGUGAAAGAAGCUGGAAGAGAUUUUACCUAUUUAAUAAUAGUGCUUAUUGGAAUCAGUGUCACAGGUGGCUUAUUCUAUGUGAUUUUCCAAGAACUUUUCUCCUCAUCCAGCCCUAAUAAGAUUUAUGGAAAAGCCUUAGAAAAAUGCAGAUCUCAUCCAGAGGUAGUCAGUGUUUUUGGUCACAGCAUUAAAGGUUAUGGGGAAUCAACAAGGCGAGGUAGAAGACAGCAUGUCAGUCAUAUUGAAUAUGUAAAAGAUGGGCUAAAGCACAUGCGUCUGAAAUUCUACAUUGAAGGCUCAGAACCAGGGAAGCAAGGAACUGUGCAUCUUGAAAUGAAAGAGUAUGUUUUUCCUACUUUCAGAACCCAGAAAGUGGCAAAUAUGAAUUUCGCUAUAUAUUUGUGGAUGUUGAUGCCUUUCCUAGAAGAACCAUUGUUAUUGAAGAUAAUCGAUCCUGAGAUAAUUAACUAAAAGAAUUAAGCAACUCUGAUAUGUUCUACUAUGUAACAUAGUAGGGAAUCAAACUAUUCUGAUUUUCACAGUUCUCUUUAUGAGCCUAUUAUGAAUAAGAUAUAAAAAAGGAUGUGUAAUAAUGAGGGGAUGUAUGUUGCAUAAGAGUGAUAAUAUUAGAGAUCUUCAGUUGGGCAAACCAUGAAAUAAAGUACUUCUGUAUUUUAUCCAAGUGAAUUGUUAUUCACAGACAUUAUUUUUGCUUCAUCUAGAACAAUGCCAUCUUUCAAAAUAGGAGUUUUCUUCUAUUAAAAUUUUAUGCUGCUGAAACAUGGAAGAUGAAUUAUAGGACUCUGUGCUUUUCCUUAUGUUAUGCAACCUUAUAAAAAACCUUUGAAAUAAAAUUAAACUUGGAAAAAAGAUGUCAGAAGUAAAUUAUCUUGCUGUACAAUUUUGAAUCUGAAUUCUGUGUGAAUAUGAGGAAGUAACUUAGGAAUUAGAGCACACCAACUAAUAAUGGAGUAAAGCUGUUCAAAAUCAACAAAGAUUGGAUGCUAUGUUCAAUUAAUCAUAAUAUUUAGGGAUUCUUUAUAUAUGCCAUCUUUUAUAAUAUGCUCUUUUACUUUAUACAGC